GCCCCACAGCGCAACGUCAGACGUCGAGCUGCACCACGUCGUCGACCCCGCCAGCUUGCGCCUCUGCCUCCUGGAAGCCGCGACAUUGCCCACGAGGACGGCGACGACGACUCCAUCCCCCCACGGCCAGCCUCGCUUGGGGCCCCAGCUUCGCCAACGAUGUCUCAGUCCCUUCGGCCGUACCUGCAGUGCGUGCGCAGCAGUCUGACGGCCGCGCUGACUCUCUCCAACUUCGCCUCCCAGACGGCCGAGCGACACAAUGUCCCCGAGAUCGAGGCCCAGACGUCGCCCGAGGUCCUCCUCACGCCCCUGACCAUUGCGCGCAACGAAAACGAGCGCGUCCUGAUCGAGCCGAGCAUCAACUCGAUCCGCAUCAGCAUCAAGAUCAAGCAGGCCGACGAGAUUGAGCACAUCCUGGUACACAAGUUCACCCGUUUCCUCACGCAAAGAGCCGAAUCUUUCUUUAUCCUACGGCGGAAACCCAUCAAGGGCUAUGACAUCUCCUUCCUAAUAACAAACUUCCACACGGACGAGAUGCUCAAGCACAAACUGGUCGAUUUCAUCAUCCAGUUCAUGGAGGAUGUUGACAAGGAAAUCUCGGAGAUGAAGCUCUUUUUGAACGCGCGAGCACGAUUCGUGGCAGAGUCUUUCCUGACACCUUUUGAUUAAGCUAGAGAGCGAGUUGGUGUUGGCCAGAGGUGACAAGUGCACCCACGUCAAAAAUUCGGAAGAACUAUCCUACCUGGCAUGCAUGCGGAUGCGCGGCGCCACCACCCGCGACAUAGAUACUGCUACAAAUAAUGUAGCGUAUGGACUCUUUUGGAACCUUCUCAGUGCACUACCCAUCGUGCGGACGAGUGAAAUAGUGACAUGACCUAACUGCUACUUCUACUAAACAACGGCCUGGGUCAUUCUUAGCACGGCAAUGGGGAUUUUGACGUGUCGGCGUCGGGGAGGCCUUCAUGAGACAUCCUGAAUGGCAUACACCGUAUCCGAUGGACGACUAGACGGCGGUUUUAACGGUAUGGCUGCAGAGGGGUAGUGACUGCCUCAGGGCACUCGGCGGAAAAGAUAAAGGAUAUUUUCGAUCAAGCUCGAGGAUCGUCUUCCAUUACUGAUCCUCAUUCCGUUGGUCGAUUACUGGCAGCGAUGAGACUCCGGGUUGUAUCGUGGUGCCGGUCUCGAACGGGCCCUGGAGCUGAGGGCAGCGACACGAGCACAUCAAGCGUCGCAGAGCAAUUGUCCAUCAGGAGAAUGUUGAGCUCUGGAUUUACGACCAGACUCUAGCAGCGUGCUCGUUUGGCCGUAGCGUCGCUCC